AUGCCCACCACAAGGUUUAGAUUCAAAUCUGCAGACCGUGCCCAGCGACUGCGCCGUCAACGCAACGCCGAGCGAGAUGCCGAAACACUAGCGCGACUACGUCAACAUGAAUUAUCGGAUCGGAUUCGUCAACAAAACUCUCAUAAUCAGUAUAACCCAGCGGAUCAACCCGUUGAAAAUGCCAUGGACUACGACGCACCAUUUCCAGCUCACAAUGACGAAGCGGUAGAUCUAGCGGAUACCAUCGGCAGUCAUGAGUGGGUAGAUUUGGUCGAGGAACCACUGGAUGAAAUUGACCUAGCGAUGGCCUCAGAAAGGGAACGGCACCGUCACCAAGCCCGUAACUUCAACUGGAACGCUCUGCUCAAUCAACUUUAUCCUGAAUACAUGAAGCUGAAAGGUGCAACUCAAAAUUGGGCAGGGCCCAAUUGCUAUAACGACUUUCACCGCUGCACUUCCACCUACCAGAAUAAGACUCGUCGCUCUGUUGACUUUAUUGGCAUACAUGGCCAGGCUCGACAAACUUUCACUUUUUGUGAAUGCACCCUGGAUGCUGUUAAGCUCCUCCAGCUAGGAUACAUUGCAGCCUCGCCGGUCCAGCCACAAACAGCGUUUUCACUUCCACUUCUUAUAUUUCACAAUCACCUCUGGAAUCGCUGUCAUGUUGGUGCGCUCCCCUUCAUGGAAGCCCUUAACCAAUUCCUUGAACCCCGAUCUCAGAGAUUGUACGCUAAAAAAGGCACCCAUUGGGAAAACCAAAAAAACUUUUCAGUCAACCACAAUACGGCAGAGGAGGAUCGCAAGACCAGAUUGGUUGCCCUAUACAAGCGCCAAAGUGCACUUCAAGAAAUGCGAGUUCACCUGAGCUUGUUGCCACCCAAGCUGAUGGACUCUAUUUGCAACAACAUGGCGAUAGUCACAGCCGAGUUGGAUGAACUCACCCGAAGUGGUGCUUUCAAUGUUCCCGAUCCCGAAGAGCAAAGACUGCGUCUCCUCCUCUGGGAUGCGAAAUCAGAUCUAUACAUUCAAGCGGUCCAGCUACGUGCCGAGAGCCAGCCAUUGAGAGAUUCCCACAUUAUGGGUUCUCAUCUUGGAACCGAGGGCAAAGAGAGAAUAUUGAAGGCAAUGAAAAACCGUCGCCCAGCGGUAAAAAAACUGCUGGAUAAUUUCAACCAACAAUAUCAGAUGUUCAAACAAAAAUACCCGAAUCAGAUUUUAUCCGAUUCACAUCCUCAUCCUCUGACGUAUGAAGUUUUUUCAAAGUGGCCUUUGGACCACCAGUUUUGGAACAACAGCUUGUACUAUCAUUCUGAGGCACCUUGGUCGAUUGAUCCCGAUGUUCGGACUGGAAUCAGCUGUUUCUUGAUCCUCAACCGAGUUCAAGAAGAGUUUGAACUCAUUGCACAGGAAUUGGCUCGCGCAAUUGGUUGGGCAAUUGAUCAUCACAGUAUGUUGAAAAACAAGUUACAGUACAUUGCAACUCGUAUGCAGCUCUUGAAUGAUCACGCAGAAGUUACCCCAGAUCUAUUCACCGAUUUGGACAUGGCGAACACUACAUUGGCUGAAAAAUACAAGGUUGUUGGUGACGAAAUCCGGGUCCGACUUUCAGCGCAUGGGGUGUUGAUUAAAGAGUGGUCAGACAACAUUGUGUGGCUCUGGGAACGUUGCCAACCACUUAAUAAUCGGGACUGCAUCCUGCAGUGGCAUGGUUUGGUUGAAGAAGUCAAGCAGAACGACCCACCGGUGCUACCUGAUCUUUUGGACGCCUUUGAGGAGGAUAUAAUAGAUGUACACAUUGAUGACGGCGAGGACGUGGAGGAAGAACAGUUGAAUAACGAAGAGAAUUCUCAAGACUUCGAGGGUCAACUUGGCGAUGGAGCAAACGAGGUUGAGCUAGAGUUACUUGAAAAACCACGAUUCAUCCAUCCGGGCGUAGAUUUUCCCAGUCUCAGCCGUUUGCAAAAUACUCCAAUAUGCCCGGUGGCAAUGUAUCCGACGAGACCCACACGGUUCCAUUUCCCAUUGACCUCAGCUUCACCGGUCGUCCAUUGGCAACAGAGAUAUUCCCCGCUGGACCCCACCCUAGUGCCGAGUUUUCUGCUUCUAGCGGAGACACCUUACCGCCCCCUCUUCCGCUACGCGGUCUAUACCUUAACAACAAUAGCGGCAGUAGAUCAGUUCUAUCCGAUCAACCUCCAAAAAAAAACAAAGCGACAACGUAAACGUCGCACGACUUCUCCUUCCAAGCCCCUUUCCGCGGCCUCUCCAUCUAAUCUCCAAACUGCUUCCCAGCUAGCUAGCACAGUUAGAGGAGCACCUGCCGCUGGCGAGGUGGAAAACGACCCCAUACAGCCACCCAAGAAAAAGCGACGUUGUAUGCCGCCGGAAAUUGUUGCUCAAUUUGCUGAUGAGCCCCUCGACCGCCUCCGUAAGCGGGUUGAAGACAACGCCGAAUACGAGCGGCUCGCGGCAGAAGACAAAGCUGAGCUUGAUGAAGCAUAUCAGAACUACCAACGGGCUAUUCUGGUCAUUGCCGCAAAGAACAAGCUCCACGCGAAGCCGGUGAUGGACUACUUAGGAUUGGAAGGCCGUCUUAGAGGCCCAACCAAUUUUAACAACUUCUGUCGAUACGAUGAAGUUGCCAGCCCAAUCUACAGAAAUGGUUCAGUUCCGUAUAAGCACCGCAUGGUCCAGUGCGGUGAACUAUGGGGUCAGCUGGACAAGAAUUCAAAAAGGAAAUGGAAGGAUGAUGACUUCAUUGAUGCUGCCAUCCAGGCACUUGGUGCUGCUGGAGAAGACGAAUUGCUUGAAACUGAUGGGCCGGAUCGCCGACAGUUCCUUCCUCGGAAUAAGUUCAGCGUUUCUGCAUGGUCCAUGCAGGUGAAGAGAGAUUUAAGACAAUUGAGCCACUCGCAUCAAGUGGAAGGAUUCUUGGUUUUGGCCUCACGCGAUCCGGAUCACCCAUUUCUCACGACUGGCGGAAGUCUGAUGUCGGAAGAAUUCUUGGACAUAACUGCACAAGACUCCAGGCAGUGGAACUCGUUCUUCCGCUUUGUUAACGGGCAGCAGGCUAUCAAAGACAUCUCGGGCUGUUAUCCUUCCUUCCCUUCGCGAAAUAACAAGAGGAAACGAACUGAUACCACAAGCAAAGAAACUCCAGCUGGUAAGAUCGGUGAGAAACAGAAGUGCAUUGGAACCAAGGCGAUCAACAUCCCGGCAGUCCGAGAAAAAUUGAAGGACGCUCUUGCUAAAGCCACGCACGGACUCCACUUGAAGGGAUGGCCAGGGACCAAGACGGCUGAGGCGCUGCAAAAACUUGGUGUCACCCUGUCGGUGAAGACCAACGACUACUUUGUUACUGUGCAAGAUUUCUGCGCCCGCCCCUCCGAUAUGAGUGUUGAACAGUCACAUCGCAUACUUACUGGUUUUUCGAAAGGGUGGGUCAAGCUCACAGGUCCACCACCACCCGAAACUGAAAUUGGGGGUGUAACCACAGUAGGCUACACCCCAUCCGAUGAUGAACAGGGUGCUACCAUCAAAUCCAGCACCUCUCGGCUUUCUAGCAUUCAAGGCAAGGUUCACCGUCCAAUCAGAAAAACAUGUAAGCAACCUGCCUCGCGCGCCAAGUCCUGCAAGAGCCUCAGGGCUGGUUCAUCGGAAUCCGAUGAAUAUUCUGCCUCCGAAUCUUCCGUUCAAUCAGACAAGGAAUCUAGCGUCUCUGUUCACCCUCAAAGAUCACACCGGAGAAGAAAAAGUGUUCUUCCCAAUGAUUCCGAAGACGAAAAUCCAAACCAUUGUCAAUCAGAAGAGCAAGAUGAACAUACACAACAUAAGUCACAUGUCACAUUCCGCAUUGACAGUGAGAGCGAGGACAAUGAUGAUGAUUAG